AUGUCGUUCAAGCACACCAUAUUUCUGACCUCUGCCAAUGGACAUAUCGGCCAGGAACUUGUUGCUGAGCUUCUGCAAGACAACGUAAAACUUAUACUUCCCACUUCGAACGCCAGCCGCCUCCAGGCAAAUCUCCCAACGAGCGCCAACGAGAGCAAUGUCGUCGUCGAACAGGGCAGCCUUGGGGACCCACAAUGGCUCGAGAAGCUGUUCAGACAGCACAACGUCGAUAUUGCGUACCUUUGUUUGACAACUACGGACGAGUUCAUCGUCUCUCUAAACUUCCUGGACGCAAUGAAACGAGCAGGAACCAUCAAGCACUUCGUCUACCUCUCAGCCUGCGGCGACUACACCUCAGAACAAGGAUACAACAACGUCGUCAAGAACUGCAGCGCCAUGCACGUUCUCGUCAAACCAGCCAUUGAGCGCAAAAUCGAGCUUUCCGACUUCCCCUGGACGACGACGGUUCUUGGACCAGCUCUUUUCUACGACAACGACCUUCGCAGUAAGAACUACAUCAUGAAUGGGUACUUCGAUGAGCCGCUGGGCGAAAAGGGCGUCAGUCGCGUUUCCACCAAAGACAUCGCCACGGUCGCUUGCAACGCCAUGCUCCACCCAGAGACGUGGGCCGGCAAGAAGAUCAUGAUCGGGUCCAAGAAGAAGUAUACGGGUUCGGAAGUAGCGAAGUUGUGGAGUGAAGCCAUCGGAAAGGAGGUCAAGAUAUGCCCGUCGACCAAAGAGGGAUUCGACGAGUUUGAGAGUGUGUUCUUCAAGAAGAGCCCAAAUCCAGCCUGGGCGAGAGAUCUGCGACUGAUGUAUGAGCUGUUUGCUGUUCAGUCUUUUGGGCCGACCGAUGAAGAGUACGAGACGUUGGUGGAGUGUUUGGGCAGGGAACCGGAGGAUUAUGAGGAGUUUGUGCGGAAGACUGGAAAGGAGUGGACGUCGUAG